AUGUCCCUCGCGUCGGGCCCCGGGCCGGGCUGGUUACUCUUCUCCUUGGGAAUGGGACUGGUUUCGGGCUCGAAGUGCCCGAGCAAGUGUCAGUGUCUAGUCCAGGAAGUGACCUGCACGGGGAUGCAGCUGACCGAGUACCCCCCCGACGUUCCCCUCAACACCCGCAGACUCUACCUGGACGACAACGACAUCACGUUUUUGCCGGCGAUGGACCUGGGGCUCCUCAGCGACCUCGUUUACCUGGACUGCCGGAGUAAUCUGAUUGGCGAGGUGAUGGAUUACACCUUCGUCGGCGUCUUCAAGCUCAUCUACCUCGAUCUCAGCUCCAACAACCUCACCUCGAUCUCCCCGUACGGCUUCUCCAUGCUCGGCCACCUGGUGCACCUAAACAUCUCCAACAACCCGCGCCUGUCCUCUCUGAACAGGUACACCUUUGCCAACACCAGCUCUCUGCGGUACCUGGACCUGAGGAACACCGGCCUGCGAACCUUGGACCACGCUGCCUUCCAGGGCCUCCUGACGCUGCACACCCUGUACCUGAGCGGAAACCCGUGGAGGUGUAACUGCUCCUUCCUGGACUUCACCAUCUACCUCAUAGUGGCCCAUCUGAACCACCCAGACGCUCUGAACGCCACGUGCGUGGCGCCCGUGGAGCUGGCCGGGUGGCCCAUCGCGCAGGUGGGCAAUCCGCUGCGCUACAUGUGCAUCACGCACCUGGACCGCCAGGACUACCUGUUCCUGCUGCUCAUCGGCUUCUGCAUCUUCUCGGCGGGCACCGUGGCCGCCUGGCUCACGGGCAUGUGCGCCGUGAUCUACCAGAACACCCGCCGCAAGUCGAGCGAGGCGGAGGACGAGGACGAGAACGGGCAGCCGGUGAGGGUCAGCAGGCAGAUCUUCAAGAGCAGGGCCGACUCGGUCCACGACGGCUUCCCGCAGCUGAUUUAG